AUGGAGAAAACAUCUCUCAAACUUGUCUUCCUGUUCUCCCUCACAAUCAUAGUCUUUUGUUCGUCUUUUGGUGAUGCAAGAGAGAUGGCGAAGGAAGAAGUGAAUUACAUCGAUGGCAAAUGUCCUGAUGGAAAGAAGAACUGUAACUGCUUGCCGCCGGUAGCACCUGUAAUGGACUCUUACAAGAUUAUUGCGACUUGCCAUAGAGAUAUUGAAUGCAUCAAGUUCUGUCCUAAAGGCUGCAAGAUUGUUAACUGUAAAUUUGGUACCUGUUUCUGUGAAUGUUAA